AACCGGCCGGACAGCAGCGCUUUUUCUUGCUUUUUUUGUUCCGGUUGAAUCCGAGCUAGCGUCUUGGCCGCGCUCGCCCCGCGGAGUGGCCGGAGCCCGCGCCCUUGGGGGUGGGGCGGGCAGGGUCGCCCGCCCGCCGAGCCCGGGACCAUGAUCUGCGCCUUCCUGCGGGCGGCCGAGCGCGCCGAGCAGCUGCACCGGUGCUCGGGCGGGCGCCUGCUCCGGCCCCCGCUCGUGCUGGGCAGAGCCGGCCUGAGCGCCGAGCCCGGCCGCCGCUGGGGGCUGCCGGGCCCCAGGGAAGCGCCGAGGCCCCGGGGGCUGCUCGCGGCCCCCCGGAGGACCCUCUGGACGCCGGGGCCGGGCGCCCGGAGAGCCCAGCAGGACCCCGGCAAGCAGGUCCCCGUGCCUGGGACUCGGGGCGGGGAGCCCGCCGUGCCCACGGCGCAGAGAGUGAAAGAAGCAGGAAGAGAUUUUACCUACCUGAUAGUGGUGCUUAUUGGAAUCAGCAUUACAGGUGGCUUGUUUUAUGUGAUUUUCAAGGAACUUUUUUCUCCAUCCAGUCCUAAUAAGAUAUACGGCAAAGCCUUAGACAGGUGCAGAUUACAUCCUGAGGUGGUCAGCGUGUUCGGGGAGCCCCUGAAAGGCUACGGGGAGAUGACGAGGCACGGGCGCAGGCAGCACGUCAGCUUUGUGGAGUACAUGAAGAAUGGCCUCAAGCACAUGCGUGUCAAGUUCUACAUCCAGGGCUCGGAGCCAGGGCGGCAGGGCACGGUGCACCUGGAAGUGAGAGAGAACCCAGACAACGGGGAGUACGAGUUCCGCUACAUAUUUGUGGACCUUGACUCCUACCCGGGCAGAACGAUCGUCAUCGAAGAUAACCGGUCCUGAGCUGGGGGAGCAGCCGGCCAAGGUCCUGUCGGCCAGGGGCGGUCGGAGUAACCCAGGAGGAGCGCCCCGCUCUGGGCUGCGCAGCUGCCUCGGGGUCGCCUCUGCCCAGCCAGCCCAAGGACAUGCAGGAGCAGAGGCCAUUCUUAACCCCACACAGCGCCUGCCACCCCUGUCCACCGUCCCGUGCAAAAGUUUGAGUUUGAAGAAUUCAUACAUAAGUUAAUGUAAAAGUAUUUUUCUAGUAUUGUAUAGCUAUAACAUUUGUGAAAUAAA